UUGACCCUUACUGCUCGGGGACACUCGUUCACUCUAGGUCGGUACUCCUGAGAGGAACCGGAGAGGAAACGUCCGGUCACAAGUCACCGCCAAAUACCUUGGACACAGAAGACGAACCUUCGCAGGAGUAAAAAGAGAGAAUCGUGAUUAAUAUCCAGGAAAAAGAUUCAUUUGGAUUAAAACAACGUUGAUUUAAAGCCGGACAGGACUGAUUUAUUACAUUGUGUUUGUGUUCACGCACGCAGACACACGCACACGCAGGUUGAGGCUAACUCGGUAGCGCCGUUAGCCAGCGCGUUAGCCUCUCCACUUAUGUUUUUUGAGUCGUGUUUUCUCCUGUCCUAAAACUAAAGUAAAAAACAUUUAGAGAUCAAGGCGUGCGACAUUUUUCAACAGUUUCUGCCUGAGUCAUGAGGCGCAGAGUUUGCGGCAGUUUGUGGCGGUGGACGGCAGCGAGCAUCGGCUGACACAAACAUGGAUCAGUUUUUUUCAGUUUUUGAUUAUUUUUGGUGAAACUUUGACCCUCGACUGUUUUUACCGCCACAACGUCCUCGUCAAUUCUCUCGGCAGUCAGUUUGACUGGGUUUUGGCGAAACAGAGACAGUGGAAAAAAGCCUGUAAAAGUUUGGGAAGUCGAGGUUUUUUUUCCCUUUCACAGACUGGAAAAAUGGAUGCGGGAAUAGAGAAGGAAUGCAGCGCCCUGGGAGGACUCUUCCAGCUCAUCAUGAACGACAUGAAGACCAGUUAUCCUACAUGGGAGGACUUUUUAACCAAAGGAGUGAAGCUACUUCUUCAGCUCAGAACUACCAUUGGGGUCACAGGAGCUUUUCUGGAUGCUUUUCAGAAGGUGGCAGACAUGGCUUUUGGAACCAGAGGAGCCACCAAGGAGAUUGGCUCAGCUCUGACCAGGAUGUGUAUGAGACACCGCAGCAUCGAGUCCAAACUCAAGCUUUUCACCACAGCUCUGUCAGAGAGUCUCCUCACUCCUCUGGAGGUGAAGAUGGAGGAGUGGAAGAAGGUAGCCAGUCAGCUGGACAAAGACCACGCCAAAGAGUAUAAGAAGGCCAGAGCGGACAUCAAGAAGAAGUCCUCAGACACCAUCAAACUGCAGAAGAAAGUGAAGAAAGGCAAAGACGAAGCUCGGGGUCAGCUGGACAACGCUCUGCAGGACGUCAACGUACGAUACGUGGUGCUCGAGGAGACGGAGAAGAGAGCUGUGUGUAGAGCGCUCAUAGAGGAGAGGUCGCGCUACUGCAGCUUUGUCAGCAUGCUGAAGCCCGUGCUGGACCAUGAGAUCAACAUGCUGGGCGAGGUGACCCACCUCCAGACCAUCCUAGAGGAUCUGAUGAACCUGACAGCUGAGCCCAACAAACUCCCACCGGCUAGUGAACAGGUGAUCUCUGACUUGAAAAGUUCUGAUUUUAGCUACAGCUACCAGACACCGCCAGCCUCCCCAAGCAACACACUGUCCAGGAAAAGCAGCAUCAGCAGUAAUUAUCAGUCUGGAUCAGUGAGACAUGGACCGUCUCUGGACUCUAUCAGUUCUACUGUGGAUGGAGUCCAGCUGCAGGACGCACUUGGCACCGCCCACAAAUCCGCCGCAGGAAACAGAGCAGAGAAUGGACUGUUAACCCUGCCCCCAAACACUUACUCUGGCCACGGAGAGAGAACAAGAGCCAUGUCAGCGUCUGGGAAGUCCUGCUCAGCUCGAGAUCACUUGUCUCUGACUCUGGGGGGUUUGCAUCCUGAGGCUCAGAGGAGCAGAGACUCCCUUCACUGUUCUAGUGGAUACAGCACACAGACAACCACGCCCUCCUGCUCUGAGGACACCAUUCACACACACGUGGACUACGAGUCCAUCUCUUUACAUGGAGACAUGGACUCCAUCUCCCUACAUCACCUGGCCCACCCCAGUAGCCAAUCUGACUUUGACAGGUCCUCUACCAUCCCUCGGAACUCGGACCUGGCUCUGCAGUACAGAAAGUUUGCUCAGUCCAAACGUCCGGCCUCGACCGUCAGCCUGCUUGCUGACUCCGAGCUGAUGGGGACCUCCACCGUCCGUCAGCUGCAGUCCCACACUGCCACCAUCAGACGCAAGCCUUCGUCAAAACCGCAGUACCGCCGAGGCACCAUCAGUGGCGGCGUUCCCAUCCCCAUCAGUACCCCACAGAUCCCGCUCAAGGCCCUGGCAGGCAGUGGUGGCAGCGACGAGAAUGUUUUCGCGGUGCCCCCUCCCAGAGGAGGAGGAUUUGGCCACAAUAAGCUCUGCACAUCCACCCAGAGCCUCAGCGCCUUACCUCCGUCCUUCCCCUCUUCCUCCUCUUCCUCUUCCAACUGCCCUUACUACCAGUUGGUUCCAGGUCACAUGCCCAUUCCAGUGCCAGUACCGACUGUGCCCUCUCUGCCAUUAGAGGGCAGCAGCAGCGGCAGUGUCAAACAGCAGCAGCUCAAACCUAACCAUCAACCACUUCUUAGUCGGCAGCAACAGAAUGAACAGCAGUUUCAGCAUCAGCAGCAGGACCAGCAGAGGAAGCAAAAGCUGUUCCAGCAGCAGCAGCAGCAACAGCAACAGCAGCAGCAGCAUGUUCCGCCUUCUACCGUCAAUGAAGAUAGCAUCUGUCUGGGCCACAGCGGUCAGUACCAGCCCCAGGCUUCUCCUCCCACCAACCCGGAGCAGAACCUGCCAAAUCCCAGCCAAGAGGGAGAAGGAGGCGGAGGAGACGGAGGAGACAUGGUCACCCUCAUCAGGGGGGUGAAACUCAAACGAACCAUCACGAACGAUCGCUCCGCCCCUCUGCUGCCAACUCCAGCCAAUCACAAAUGAGGCUAAAUUAGGGGGAUUUUGAGCAGUUGGACCUUGCCCCAACAGAGGUGGUCCAGUUCCGCAGGGCAUGGGGUGUGGACGAAUCUGGUUAAACCUUCUGCUACAGAUUGUGACUUUUGAUCAAUGGAGACAUUUCGUAAUGCUGUAGAAUUUGUUUUUGUUUUGUUUUGUUUUUUGUUUUUUUUUUCUGCUGGUAUUGUUCAGUCAUUUUAUUUUUGAUGUAUAUUUGUGUUUUUUGUCCCAUCAUCCAAUCGAAACUAUUUGACUUAGCUGAAAACCUUCACUGUGUAAUUUUAUUUUAUUUUAUGUCUUAAAGGGACAGUCAGGGAUUUAAAGUGGCUUGUUUCUAGAACUGUACCGAAAAGCAGAGAGUAACAUGUUUGUAUGUAAGAGUUGUUGAUUUUACCGUGACCUCCAUCAGUUCUAAUGUCUUAUGUUCAGUUAUGAUGAUGUCACGUUGUUCAGAUGGAUCUCAUUGACACAAACUGACCACUGGAGGCAGCAGUGGAUGAGCUUCCUGUGAUUUUUUUUCUCUAUGGACUUUGGUCUGAGCUAAAAUCACUGAUUUUCUCUAUGAAGUUUGGUAUGGGGGGGGGCAGUCCUAUGAUGUUGGACGUCACAGAUGGGUUCACUGGUUCCAGAACAUCUCAAGGUCCAAGUAAUGGGUUCUGACCCUGAAUGAUAAAUUCAUUUAAGAAAGGGGGAAACAAAUACAAAGUUCUACUUCUUGACUGAGGUAGGUCCCAUAGUUUUUUUUGUUUUGUUUUUUUUGACCCAAACUUACCCACGAACAUGUGGUGGGUCAGACUUUAUGUUUUGGGUUUUUUCUGCCUCUCGGACCUAAAACUGUGACAGAGUUCCAAAUAUUCUGCUGGACUGUGAAGUUCUGCUGGACUGUAAAUACUAAUGUGCUUGUGAUCAUUAAAGGAUGCUUGAGGAAACCAAAGUCUGAGGUGAAGCAGCUGAAAAGUUCAGAUGUGGACCCACACAUGUGGAGUCAUCGUGAAUGUUCUGCUGUGUUCUCCGUCUGUAGAACCGGUCUGCCGUUGAACAGAGACUUAAAACAGUUCCGUUCUGUUUUUGUUGAAACAGCAGUAUGGGAAAUGACUCCAGAUUCUCUUCACUCUUGACUUGAGCUGUGCAUGUGUGUCUUUGUCUUUGUUUGUGUGAUUGUGUGUGUGUGUGUGUGUGUUCGUGUUCUCACACUGAUCUCUCUCUGAUGUUCUGGACCUCAGGCUCCAGCAGCUGGUUCUGUCUGGACCUGGUCCCACCAUCUGCACGCUGACCUGUGACGUACAGAUGUGAACGGCUGUCAUAGUCUUACCUCACCACCAGAGGGCAGUGUCUAACCAUACAAACUUUCUAAUCGGAUCAAUAAAGAGUCGAAA